UUACGCAUUCUCUCCUCUUCUCUUUCGGUUGUUGCGCGCACGACUUCCUUCCUCGAGAACGAGAAGGGGGAGCCCGCCCCAGCUGCCUGCGUCGCCACCACCGCCACAUCCUCCUCCCCCUCCCCCUCCCCCUCCCCUGCUGCCGCUCCCGCUUCCGCUUCGGUCGCCUUCGCACUCGCAGCGGGGAGGGAGGGAGGGAGGCUCCGGUCGGGGCCUCUGCCUGCCUCUGGAAGCCCAAGGCCUAUUAUUUUUCUCGGUAACUGGAUUUGGAUACACUCUUCAAUAAUUGUGUGAAAGGAACUUCUCGGUAUCUUCUUCUGGGAGCAGUCUAGAUAUUCUCCAAUCCACAAGGAAUAAGACUUAGCUGAGACAAGCACUAUUUCAGCUACUGGAAGGUCUCAAUGUCCAGAGUUUUGGAAAGAAGAAAUUCAUUUGGUACCACCACUCCUACGAGCUCAGCUUCAGCUUCAGAUUCUUCAAAAAAGAAUGAGAAGACGGUAUCACGCUAUCUAAGACCUUCUACAGGCUCAUGCCAUGAUUUAUGCAAGCAUGGACACAGGAAUCCUUCUGAGGAAAAGCUUCUGCUUCUCGGAGGGAGAAGAAAGAGGCUUCCAACUCAUCAAAAUAAUUUGACGCUGCAUGGAUCAGUUAUCUUAGAUACUCCCAACGAUGUCAGGAACAGAAGAAAUCUUUCACUAGUCAAGUCGAGUAUAUCAUUGGGUGAAGCUGACCGUGUUGUUCACAAGAUUAAAUCCGCAAAUUUGAGAGGCGCUGCAUCAUCAGAAACAUUGGUUUCCCGUAUUGCUUCAUCAGCUGAUCAUAAAAAUGUGAACUCUGAUGGCAGAAAGAAACAUCCAAUGGUUGCCCAGAGGACUCUGGCCAAUCCAAGGCAUUCCAGCGGAGUACCUAAUUUUGAUAAAAAAGCAGCAAUACCUGUCAAGGGUUCAAAGUUGCCAGAGAAGACAGUGCAGGAAAAAGCUAGAACUGUGGAGAAAGCCACUACUGUCAAGCAACCACUGGUUAAGAGACCGGCUUCACUUCCUACUAAACUCAACUCGAUUAAACAAGUUUCUCUGCCAUCUGAGGCUUCUAAUAAUCUUGUACCUUCAAAAUAUAAAAGUAAUCUGAAGGGAAAACUUACUUCUUCACCAGCAAUUAUUACUGGCAAGCGCACAAGCAAUGCUGGUAAAACUGGAAGAAGUUCUAUGAGGUCCAGCAAUGCAAGUGUCAGUGGCAAGGAACGGUCAGAUGUGCCCAGAACACCAUUCCUGAUUGAAGACGAGUUUGUUGCAUCUGUUGAAUUACAAGACGAUGUGCAAGAUUCAUGUGUUACAAGCUAUAAUGUGGAGUCAACAGUAGUGGAGCUGUUUCCAGAUGCCACAGAAUAUGGAGACAUUUCUCAAACAGCACCAGAAGAAGAAAGCAGAAUCAGUUCAGACGAUGACUUGGACAUGUCCAUAACAUCAUCCUCUGUCCAAUCUGAGUUGACUCCUGUUGAAACAGACGAAGAUGAUGUGCAAGGUUCAUCUAUUACAGGCCAUCUCGUGGAGUCAGCGCUAGCAGAACAAUCUUCACAUGCCACAGCGCUAGCAGACGAUAUAGAAGAAUCUCGACCAGCACCAAAAGAAACAAGUGGAUUCAGUUUAGAGGAUGAUGUGGUGGAAAGUAAUGAAGUGAGUGAACCAUUAGUCUCUGAACUCCCUGUUGCUGCUGAAUUUCAGCGAUCAUUUGAUAAUCAGAAACUCGAGACUAUGCUCGGUAAACCUGAUCUAGAGCAUAUGCAACCAGAGAAGAAUUCCACUGGUGGUACAGACGAUGCAGCUCUCUGCCAGCUACCUAAACAAUUAACAGCUGUGCAAAAUGCAGAUGUAUGUGAUUCUGCAUUAACUGAAAGUUGCUCGGGAAAGGAAGCUGGUGGAGUGAAAGUCAAUGCUAGUGUGGAGUCUGUAAUCACUGAAAGUAAGGAGGACAUGGGAGCUCAUGAAGACCUUCAAGGACCUCCAGAACUGCAGGUAGUUGAUGAAAAAUAUGCUGAUGAUCUUGAGUAUUGCCUUGAUUGCACUACAGGAAAUGUAGCUGAAAAUGUCGAGGCUGCUGAAAUUGAAAAUGUUGGGAAUAUUAACAGUACAUCUCAUUGCCAAUCAGUUUUAGAAACUUCAUCAGAUUGUCAACUUCCGGAGCAAUCAAAGUCUGCGCCAAUUGAUUCUACUCUACAAACUGAUGAGUUAGCAAGCGUCCAUAACAAUGGCACCUUUGAACAGGCUGAACUGAAAUCAAUGAUUGUUGCUCAACAAUUAGAAGAACUAUCAGAUGAUGAGAAUUAUGAAGAAUAUGAUUACGAGUUAAUUGAACUAGAUGAAUUUGAUGCAGAAGACGAAGGAGAAACAAUCAACCCAAAUGAUGAAUCUUCAAAGGCCAAAGGCCAGAGGCCGAAAAGGAUCUCAGUGCUAAACCCAGAUGAUGCUAGUACCUCACCUUACAAAUUAAAGUUUAAAAGGGGUAAAAUUGUGGAACUCACCCCAGACAGUAAUGGCCCGAGAAGACUCAUAUUUAGAAGAAGAGCUGCCAAUGAAGUUGCAAAUGGUGAAGGUCAGCUGGUGAGAAGGAUUUUUAAGAGGAAUACCAGAAAUAAUGGUGUUCCUACCGAGCCUGACUUGGAAUCUCCUUCAGUGAAACUGAGGCAUCAAGAUACACAAGACAAGAAGGAUGCGCAGGGGCUGUUUAACAAUGUAAUAGAAGAAACUGCAAGCAAGCUUGUGGAGUCUAGGAAAAGCAAGGUAAAAGCAUUGGUUGGUGCUUUUGAAACGGUGAUACUUCUCCAGGACGGCAAUCCCACUACGCCACAGGCAGGUAACUCACCGUAUUUAGUUCAAGAUGAAGAUGAAAAGGCACGGGAUGAGCCAUUGUAGAUUAUGCACAUCUUAUGGAAUCGCCAAAUUUUCAGUAAUGUUCUGGAAUCUUUUUUCCUUUUUCCUCCGCAACUGGAUUUGGUGAAGAGUAUUUUUGUAUAGUUUGUGCGUUGCAUCUCUUUUAGCGAGAAGUAACAUUCGCUCGAAGGUCUUUGGAUUAUUACAGUACAUAGCCAAGGUGCUUCAUGCAGAUGGUGGUUUGAAGUUUGAUUCAAAAUGUAAAUCGAUUGAGACACAAAAAAGAUGAAACCAAGUGUGCUUUUGUUGGCUUGGAUUUGUGAGGUUUUAUACUAUAAUACAAGAGUGUUGGUUUGAAA